CGUGCAAAGUGGAAGGGAAAAAAAUGGCUGAUGCUGCCAAGGUAUACCAAUUUUAAAGUAUUUGUAUUGGUAAAUUAUGGGGAAUUUUUUUGAACAAGUACUUAAAACGCAAAUUUUAAUUGUCUUGCAGGCAGCCGAGCUGAAAGACAAAGGCAAUAAAUUUCUCCAAGCUAACGAUUUCGCCAAAGCGAUCGAGUGCUACACUGAGGCGAUUUCACUUGACCCGUCAAAUCAUGUGCUCUACAGCAAUCGAUCGGCUGGAUAUGCUAAGGAUAAAAAGUAUGAACAAGCCUUGAGCGACGCCAAAAAGUGUGUGGAAUUGAAGCCAGAUUGGGGAAAGGUCAGAAAUAAUAUCGAUUUGAUGUAUAAAAUUACUUAUUAAAUUAUGAUCUUAUCUUGAGCAUGUACAAAGUAACUAUUUGGCUCUAACUUUUAGAUUACUUGUGCGGAGGCGAUUCACUGUGCCGUCACUCUGACUUUUCUCUUCCCAUCGAUUUAUUAAUUCUGUAUUGCUACAGUUACAUUGAAAUGUACGUGUCUGAGUGUCUGAUGUGUUGUGGCUGAUUCUAGAAAAUACGUUACUUAGACUCGUGUGUCAUUAGCAUAGUGAUUUUUAUAAUAUUCUGUUUUUUCAGGGCUACUCUAGGCUUGGUGCAGCUUUGUCCUUCCUGAAACUCUAUGACGAGGCAGAAAAAGCAUACACCAAAGGACUUCAGCUAGACCCUGAGAAUGCACAACUAAAAAGUGGUUUAGAGGAAGCCCGAGCUAUGGCGCAGCGUAAGUACUAUUUAAAGAUUCUGAUCAUGAGUGUUUGUUUUGCUUUCAGUUUCUAUCAUUUUUCUGUUUGCACUGUUACCCUUUAACUCCCAUGAGUUACAAAACUAAUUUCUCCUGACAAUAUCAAUACAAUAUGAACAGACAACUGAUGAGAAUGAAGGAAAAUAAUAAUGAUAGAGAUUAUAGGCUGAUCUAACACCAAAUUCUCCAAACUAAUGUGCUAAGAAUUUUAUGGCAGACAGUAAGGAGAAUUAAUAAUGAGAUCUUGGGAGUGGAAAGGUCAAUUUUAGAUCUUGACUUGUGGUCUGGUGUUUGCUCAUUUUGUAACUCUUCCUCACACUAAAUAUCAUCACAUUGUGUUGCCAAUAGGUAUUUGGGAUAUAGGUUUUUUUUAAAAAUAAAUGCGAUAAGGGCUGUCAAUAACUUUGAAAGCAGGGAAAAAAAAGUAAAAGUAUGUGGCGACGUUAUAGUGGAUGCCAUCAUCUGAUCUAGUGGAUAGCGAUUUAUCCAUUGGAUAGCAUUAUCCACUCAAUUAACCACUGGACCAGAUGUUUUAUUGUUGGUUUUCACUAUCUGAUUCAUUCUUUUUUCAUUUACACAAUUUAUAGGCAACAAUCCUAUGACAAAUCCAUUUGCAAUACCAGACUUAUACGUUCGUCUUGCAACUCAUCCUAAAACCAAAGCUUUUCUGGAUCAGCCUGACUACAGAUCUAUUGUUGAGGCUCUUAGGCAAAACCCUCAGAUGCUUGGAACGUAAGUUGUUGUAUUUUGAUGCAAGUGGAAAAAAAUCACAUGAUUUUAAAUUGGUGCUGAAAGAAGUGGUGUGUGGUGUGUGUAAGCUGCAUGAUAAUUACCUUCUACCUAUCUUCUUGUUUCAUUCAAAAUGUACCAUUUUUCUAGUGAUGUAGCUUCUCCAAAAAAUCCAACUCUGAAAUGUAAAAUUUUCAGUCUGUUUGAUAUCGAUCAUUUUGAUUUUUUUGGAAUAUCAAUGUUCAAUAGAUAUCUCCAAGACCCCAGAAUCAUGCAAACAGUGGCUAUACUGCUUGGGAUUGAAUCUGAAGUUGCAGACAAUGAAGGUAUUCAGUGUUUUGAAUGAAAUCUGUUCUGUAAGACAACUUUAAAAUCAAGUGAAAGGGCAUUUUGAUUACCCAUGAAAUUUAUUGAGAUAUUCUUGAGACUUAAAAAGAGACAUUUCAAAAUUAAUUUUGUUAUGUGACAUUUAAAGAGCCUGCAUCAUCAUCAUCAUCAGAAGAAAAACCAGCUAGUGAGCCAAUGGAAACAGAAAAACCACAACCAGAACCUGAACCAGAAGUUGAUACUUCAGUCCAAAAGGUUGAUAUGCAUUUGAUGAAUGUUGUGGCUCAGAAAUGUUUUCUUCCUUCUUCAUCUUCUUCUUCUUCUUCUUCAAAUGUUGUCUUCUUUAAUAGCUACUAGUAAUGGACUAGGGAUCUUUUUGACUUCAUCCAAAUAUUUUCUUUGUUUGCAUUGUUUUUUCUGCAGUCUUUGGAGGAGAAGGAAUUGGGAAAUGCUGCAUACAAACGGAAAGACUUUGAGACAGCUCUUGAUCAUUAUGGAAAAGCUAUUGAACUUGAUCCCACAAAUAUGAGCUUUCUCACCAACAGGGCAGGUUUGUUUUUUGAGAGUUGUUAAUCCAGAGCUUUUGAUUAAAUUAUACUGAUGGGGAAAAUUUAAAUUUCCUUCAGCUGUCUAUUUUGAACAAGGAAGGUACGAUGAGUGCAUUGAACAAUGUCACAAGGCAAUCCAAGUGGGAAGAGAAGGAAAAGUGGACUAUAAAUUGAUAGCUAAGUAAGUUGCAAAGUUAGUUUGUAGUGUUAUUGUUUUGUUAUAACUAUAACUUAUUCUGAAUUACAUUUUUUUCCUUUUUUCUUACCUACUGGUAUUGGAAAUCCUACAUUUACAAUGAUGUAAAUCAUAAUUUGUGUUUUUUUUUGUUACACCAGUAGUUCUUAACCUGGAUUACGUUACAAAAGUACUUAAUAUAACAACUGUUUUCAUAUUGUUAGCUUGAAUAACGUUACAGUAAUGGUCAUCCCUUUUUUGAUGAUGAAUCCCUCCCAGUCACAAUAGAAUAUAUGUUUGUUGCACUUCUCAGAGCUUUCGGCAGGAUAGGAAAUGCCUAUUCCAAGCAGGAAAAACUCAAAGAAGCUAUUGAAGCAUAUAACAAGUCUUUGAUUGAGCACAGGUCUGCUGAUGUUUUAAAGAAGCUUCAGGAGGUAAGGAGAUUCAUUUCUGAUGAAUGAAGUGCCACACCCAGAGCACAUAGUGACAGGGUUCGUCAUGCAAAAGCUGGAAAGUGAUGGUACUUAAAUGUUCUUGUCAGGAAAGUUAUAAAAAAUGAGGGGAACCCCUUUUUUUCCCAAUGAAAAUAAUCAGUACACACAGGAUUUGAUUGGGGUCUGGAAAAUCUUGAAAGAUGUGAGCUUCCACAAUAUCAUAUUUGAGGUCUGGGAAGUCAUGGAAUUAAAUGUGUGGCAUGGGAAGUGAUGAUAAAAAUUGACAAUAAUAGCAGAGCUCGCAUAGCAUAGCCCCAUAAUUAUACAAAAUAGUAGUAACCCAUUAAGCCGAAAAAAGUUGGAUGUACAACUGUACAACCGUCCAACUGUAAGACUGACUGUACAAGGUGCUACUUUUAGCAUGUGUGGCCAACUGUACCAUGGGCACUAUCUUAUAAUCAGUCCUCUACAUGGACACACAGAGAAGUUGGGAAUGAAACUCCAUUAUUAUUACCAUGCACUUUAUUCAUAGUAGGGGCUUUAGUUUUGUUGAAGAGACAUGUGGGGGAAAAAAAAUGCGAGCUCGGCUUUUACUUACUUACUUACUACCCAUCAUGUCUGUGUGGCACAUGGGGCAGCAACGAAAUCCUUCCAGCUUGGCUUUUAGGCUUGCCUAAAUCUAUAUAUUACUUAAGAUGACAACAAAGAAAAAAUACCUUCAUUAAAUGAUCAUUGUCACAUAAUUUUAGAACCAACUUUUAAAAGGUUAAGGAGAACACUGAAAAGGUGUGGAAACUAACAUGGAAAGACAUGGAGUUAAAUGAUGUGGUAAGAGUUUGUGCCAUGUGCACAAUAUCAAAUUGAUUAAGUGAGAUAAAUGAUUUGAUUAUAUAGACAGAGAAAGCAGUGAAGGAGAAAGAGAGACUGGCUUACAUUGAUCCACAGAAAGCAGAGGAAGAGAAAGAGAAAGGAAAUGUGUUAUUUAAAAAAGGUAGGGUUAUGGGACUUUUUUUGAAAAUCAGUUGUAUGUAAGAGAAUAUCUUUGUCCACAAAUGAUAUCUAUUAUUUCAAACAAAAGGAACUAUAUUUUGAUCCAAUGUCAAGGUAUUAUGUAACAAUAAAAUGGUACAACUCUCUUGAGAGCUUGUUGUUUCUAGAGUUUAACUUGGUGAUUUUAACAUGAUUGUGGGAUAUGCAAUGUGCUAAUACACUGUAGCUAACUCCUCUUCCAAAAACUAGUUUUGAGUCCAUAGCUCCUUUUUGCCUCCAUAGCAAGGCCAGAGUGAGUACAAAUUGUACCUCACACAGUUCAUCUCAGGCUUAAGUUCUGGUGCAGUCCUUGAUGGAUGCUCUAGGGUGAGAUGUUUUCCUCACAUAGUGCCUCCCUUUGCACAGGAUGUAUAAUAAAUUCUGACAGACUGUUAAGGAAUAUGGGUAACUGCCUGAGGGUUGUGUAAAAACAGAAAAUGGGCUAAGGUCUCGUAAUUUGCUAGUUACCUGGAAGGAAAAGGAAGAAGCUUUGGCUGAUCAAGUCAUCUAGAUUGUUGACAAACUAAAGCAUGAACAUACUAUUGCUGUUUGCUUUUUUCUUGAAGGGGAUUUCCCAGAGGCACUGAAGAAUUAUAAAGAGGCCAUCAAAAGAGACCCAAACAAUCCAAAACUUUACAGUAACAGAGCAGCUUGUUAUCAAAAAUUGGCUGCAUUUAACUUAGCUUUGGAGGUAUAUUAUAUGUAGAUUCUGUUUAAGUUUGAAUGCAUGAAUUGAUAUGCAAUAGGCAAGAUGGACAAGAGUAAAGAUCAUGAGAAAAAAAGAAAUGAUCACCAGCCUAAGAAACUUUGAUUGUUAAAGAAAUUCUCCUUGUCAGUACCAAAGGACCUGUUCAGAGAAGAAUAUGAAGAAUAGGGAUACUGAUGUUAGGGUUAAUAAAUGUUUGCAAGGUGUUAACUCUAAGUAGCUCUCCCUGCUAAAAUUUGCAAGCAAAUCUAAUUUUUUUUUAUUUGUUUACCUCAUUAUUGUUAUGUGCAAUAUCCUCAUUUUUGUACUUUCUCUUUAGGAUUGUGAUAUGUGUAUCAAGUUGGAUCCUUCAUUUGGUAAGUGGUACAAACUCAAGGCUCCUUCACACCUGUUGUUUGGUUUUGUUCUAUACAAUGAUAUAAUUUUUCCACACCUUAUUUUCAUGAGACUGAACAACAAAGGGGACUUAAAUAAAUUUCAUAAUGGUACUUUUUAUGAUGGUUACUUCUAGAAUAAAUCAAAAGUUAUCUCAUUCUCUCUGUUGUGUUCGUCUUUCCACAGUUAAAGGAUACACAAGAAAAGGAGGUGUCUUGUUUGCACUGAAGAGAUUCAGAGAUGCUCAGAAAACCUAUGAGAAAGCUUUGGAACUGGAUCCUGAAAAUAAGGUUGCAUUCCAAUAAUUAGUAGAUAUCAAGAUCUACUCCUACCAGUCAGUAGUGUAGGAAAAUAAACCUUGGAACAAAAAUAAGGGUGUCAUACUUUCUAGCUUUUUUCUGUUGCAGCUGAUAGUUUGAUUGUUGUUUUCUUCCCCACAGUAUGGUGUACUACAAAUAUUCUUCUUCUUGUAGGUUUUUUUAAGGUAGUAGGAUUGUGUUUGCUUACAUCCUUAUGGUACAAUACUUGUUGUUUGGGUUUCCAGGAAGCACAUGAAGGCAUAAGAGCAUGUAAUUCAGCAGUGAUGCAACAGCCCACAGACCCAGAGGAAAUAAGACAGCGAGCUAAUAAUGAUCCUGAAAUACAGGUACAGUGAUGCUAGAACAUGAAUUAUUCUGAAUUGUCCUGGACAAUUAGUUGUGCACUGUUCUUAACAUUUCUUCCUUCACAGAAUUUGCUAAAUGAAAAUAACUGCUGAGGAGUUGAAUUUAAUGAGAGGGAUUUCAAUACAAAUGAAGGAUGAUCUUUUCCUUUAAAGGGGUUACUUUUCACAGUUGUCUUUUAGCAAGUAAGAUCUAUGAGGAUGCUGAUUGAAUUUGGCAUGUCAGUAGCUUGCAAGGAGACCCUUUACAUUAGGGCUGUAGGAAACGCUAUUUUUUGCCUGUAGGAAGAUUUGAAUAAGGGAGAGCUUUGCUAGCAGCCAGACCUCUUGCAGACCUCUCACUUGCCAGCAUUGCUCAAAACUUUAUGAUUUCUCAUGGGUGAAGAAACUCCUGUGCCAAUGCUUAUAUUGACAGCCCGCUCACAGGUUACCAGACAUGACCUGACCUUUUUUUGUGGAAUAAGAGAUUUAAUAUACUCUUGAAGUACUUCUGUGCCUGUUUUGACUUGGUAUUCAGUGUGAGGAGUCGCUUUAAUGAAUGUUCCUCACAACAAAACUCAGGCCAAGGUAACAAGCUUUGUAGUUUAUUUCUCAUAGUUGUCAUUUGAUGUUCUUUGUGUAGGAAAUUCUCACCGAUCCGGCUAUGAAAAUUAUACUUGAUCAAAUGCAGGAGGAUCCUAAAGCUGCCCAAGAGUAUGUAUUUGAUUUUUAAUACUCCCUGCCAUACUGUCACCUAUAAUCCUUUAUCUCCCAAAAGUGAUGAACAUGUAACUUCUCCCUAUAAUAUACAUACAUUAUCCCGCAAACGGGUAAUGAGAAUAUUCAAACUUAUCGUGUAGAAGUUAUCUUGAUCCAAUACCAAAUUCUCUGUAGCAGCUAGAGGGGAGAAUUAACAAUCAAUUUGUGGAGGUAAGAGGUUUGAAGUUACACAUAAGGAUUCAUCCAACCAUUGUAAGAUACAUUCCAAAAUCACCAACUGUGCCACUCAUUUUUGACCAUGUCAAAGAAGAGUGCUAAACUAACUAGAAAAAUUUCCUUAAUUGAUUUGGAUCUGGCUUUUUUUUCCUUUUUACAUUUAGCUCAUUUAUUUUCAACCUUAUUUCAGUGAGGUGUAGUUUGAUUUUCUUGACUUAAAAUAUACCUCAAGUGAGAUUUUAUUUCGCAUGUCUUAUAGCAGCAAAGCGAACUGAAGGGCUUGUAUUUGUUUUCUUGUAAGGCAUCUCAAGAAUCCAGAGAUCCGUAGCCGAAUACAGAGGCUGUAUGAAGCAGGAAUCCUGAAGAUUCGCUGAUUAAUGUUCCUUGUUGUUCAAGUGAAAUUGUGAAUAAAGCGGGAAGAUAUGGCAAGGAUUGUUCCAGGACAAAGAUAGCAUCUCUAACCCAUGUCUGCUACAUUCUGAAUCAAAAGAUUGUCCCAAAAGGAGGCUGCUAUAAAACUACAAUAGCUCAACCUUGGCUAACAAUGUUUGUCUGUUAGUGGUCUCUAAUAAUGUAUAUCUCUGACCUAUUCUUUUCUUUUUUUCCUUGCUAGUUAAUGUUUGAAGCUCUGUUUGAACAAGGCAUGGAAAUUUUUUUAGUUAUUUUUUUGGGGAAAUAGGGAAAGGAAAAUGGAAAAGAGGAACCAACACUCCAAAAGUCAUAACUGAUAUAAACCACAUAGUGAGUAAGCUAAACCACAGCUGCACGUUUUGAAAAGAAAAACAAACAAACAAACAAAAGAAAACAAAAAAACUUACAUUUUCUUUGUGAUGUAGCCACAGUUCCAAAAGUUGUUCAUUAUUGAUUACUUGUUGAGGAAAAAAAGCUUUGUUUGCAGGGUUUUCACAUGUAUUAGUGGUAGAGUGGUGCUCAUUAAAGGUUUCCUACAGGGAACGUUAUGAUGCUUUGAAAAAAUUACCUUGAAGUAGAGCCUGUGCGACAAGUUGCUUUUUCAUUAUCUACAACACCCUUUCCUCUCCAGACAGCAUGCAACAUUGUGCG